CGGCGUCGGGGGCGCGCGGUCCACGCAAACACCGUAAAUCGCGCUCGCUCCCGAGUUAAACCUCAGUCUGAUAGCCGGUCAGUUUUUCCGGAUAAUUCAGAGAUUGUGAGGCUAUAAAGAGCAUCUGAGGAUGAGAAAGGGAAGAUGGCCUCGAGCGGAUCCGUGAUCAGAUCAUCGCUGCUCUGAGAUCUGCCGGUGCUCGGUGUGAGCUCGGCCCGGUUCUCCGGUUCUCCGGUUCUCCGGUGUGUCGGAGGAUGUCGGACUCGGAGGAGGAGCUCCAGGAGCGGCAGCUGAAGAUCGUGCUGCUGGGAGACGGAGCGUCCGGAAAGACUUCUCUCGCCACCCGCUUUGCACAAGAGGCUUUUGGGAAACAGUAUAAACAGACGAUAGGACUGGACUUCUUCCUCAAGAGAAUCACCCUGCCCGGAAACCUGAACGUGACGCUACAGGUGCUGGACAUCGGAGGACAGACGAUCGGAGGAAAGAUGCUCGACAAGUACAUCUACGGAGCACAGGGCGUGCUCCUGGUGUAUGACAUCACAAAUUCUCAGAGUUUUGAGAAUCUUGAAGAUUGGCUGAACAUGGUGAGAAAAGCCAACAAAGAGUCCGACACACAGCCGGCGAUAUCACUGAUCGGGAACAAGAUUGAUCUGGAGCACGUGCGCACAGUAAAGAUGGAGAAGCAUCACCGAUUCUGUCAGGAGAACGGACUCAUCAGUCAGUUUGUGUCUGCGAAGUCAGGAGACUCUGUGUUUCUGUGUUUCCAGAGGCUGGCGGCUGAGAUUGUGGGCAUCAAGCUGAAUAAGGCUGAGAUGGAGCAGGCUCAGCGUAUUGUCAAAGCAGAGUUGGUGGACUAUCCUCAGGAUGAGGGACCAAUCAGACAAGAGACCAACCAAAGCAAGAUCUGCUCUGUCCAAUAACACUCGUGGUUAAAGCAGACAUCGUGAACUACAGUCAGGAGAUGCUGACUCGAACCCUCAACCCUCCGCGCAGCUCCAUGUGUGUCAUACAGUGAUCAUCACACAGCGUCUCCGUCUCGCUCGCGUCUGUCCUCUCUCAGUGUCCUGUAACGGACACACGGCUUCACACCUCCCUCCUCUUUCUUUGAUGUUCCUUUGCCAAUUAGACAUUGUGAGACACUAAAAUAAUCUUUAAUGUGUGCAAGAACCAGAGCUUUCCCGUGUUUGCUUGUGUGACUCGAGACGGAUCCUCAUCCUCAUUAGAGGAUUGUUGUGUAUAAAUGCCUCUGGAGUUCGUUCAGCCGAGAACGAGCCGAGAUCUCACAUCUGCGGGAGAAUUCACUCGCACCGACGGAGAACUGACUUCCUCCGCUCAGAGGUUAGAGCAGAUGAGUGUGAGAGUGAGCGUGUGUGUGUGUGUGAGAGAGAGUAAUAAGAGGAAGUACCUUUAUAGAAAACCAUUCUGAUGCAGUUCAAUAUAAAUAACUCUUCACAUUGAGCAUCACAAUCGUAAUGACUUGUUUUACACAGUAUUUUUAAUGCUUUUUAAAUUUAAUUUGGCAAAUCUGGAGGGAAUAUCUCAAAUGCAUGGACACCCCCCCCCCCCCCCCCCCCCGUGUUCAUGACUGAUAUUAGACGUUUAUGAGCAUCAUAUUGGAGCCGUGAUCUGCAGUAAAGCAAGAGUCACACAGAGACGUCUUGUGUAGAGUGUUUGCAGACGGCCUGUUAACUCUGUUUGAGUGAUUUGUUGGUUUGUGUGAGCGUGAGUGUUUUCAUUUCCACGGUAUCCUGUACUUAGAGAAGUUUCAUUGUAUGAUCUCUGAAUAUUGGCUGUAUUUGUAAAGGCCUGUCCAGGAGUUGUAGAGCGCUGUCGUUUAGGAAUAAAUGUCACGACACACGUUGACAUGGAUUUCUGUUUUUUUUCUCUUCCCUCUCCAUCAUCUUCAUUCCACUGGAAAAGUAAAAUAUGUCUUUUCCAAAUCCCACGGUCAGAAGAUGUAUUAAUGCGGAGGAGGAUGUAGACAUGUGGUCAGGAAUAUUGUCCAAUAUUAAUAUCAUUCAAACGUCUGCCUGUAAUUUACUGAAACGUGAUGCCAGUGAGUAAUUGUGCUUGAAAUAGUCUCGUCUUGACAGCACUUACACACGAGCUGCUCAGAACGAGUCCAGCGCUCAUCACUUCUUCUGAUGGAGAACUAACACACGCUCCAAACUUCAGUGUUCAUGUGGUCCACAUGUCAUAUGUUUCACACGAUCAGUCUGUUAAGAUGGGAAUGGUUCCUCUUGACCUUCACUAAGAGAGAAGAAACAUGUUCACUGCACUGCAAAAUAAUUUAUUAUAGUAACUAUCAUAGGUGCAUCUUUGUAACGUUUCUGCACUGGAAAAACAUGCGUUCACACCGAGAACGGUAACUAUAUUAGCAUUCACACCGAUCACAAUAAUGUUUACUGUAAGUGUGCUGUAGUUUAUCGUCUGCCGCUUUAUAUGCUGGGACUCUGUAAAGUUUGUUAAUCAGCUGAAAAAUAAACAUUUUAAACCAUA